UUUAGCCGCGAUCGCGCCUCAAUGCUACAAACGCAUUUAUUCAAAUUCGCAUCCUCGGCGUUGUUGUUUCGGCUGCGAAGUGACCGCGAACACAAAUUCUACAACGCAUAACAGUGAGUGCGCUUGCGGAUUGCAUUCAGGGUAACGGUGCGAGUUUUGUUUGCAGGUUUUGUUUAUUAACGCGCGCGCGCGCGAAGAACGAACAAUGCAUUGUUUGGUGGUUUGAAGGUGGAGUUGUUGUGACAUACACGCGCAGCGGUGCAACGAAAACAAAUCGAAAGUUUUGCGAAUACACAGAACGAGAACGAAGAGAAACAAAACGUGCGCGACCUGAAUUUUGUAAUUUGAACUCAUCGGACGUGCGGGACGUGCCUAAGGAUCUAACACUGUUGCAGUAAUUCGAAGGUACAGCGCCGCGAUCUCAGAACCCCCACCACCGCCCCCACACACGGUUCACUGCUGGUAGUAGGUUGAUGCGCAAGUGCGCAAUUGCGAAUCAAACCAUCAGCUGUUUAUGUCAAUACACAAUAUGGGCGCGCAGUAGUGUUGCCAGUCGCAUGAGCGCGUUCUGUUGUUUGGCUGUGAUAAUCGCGUGAGAUCACCAAGGUCGCUCUUUGUUGUGCAGCAGCACGACCCGCGAACGCCUUCCCCGACUCGCCCAACCGCCGCGCGCGCCAAACAGCCCCCAACAGCCGCCAGCCCUCUAGCCCAUCGUGUGUGUGAGUAGUGAGUGCGUGCGCGAACGGACGGCCGCUUUCAGCCCCCAGGACAUCGCCAGUCGGACCCAUGAACAACACGGGCAACUCGACCGACUCGAACAGCACGCGAAUUUUCGUUAACUUCAAUCAGGACUGCACAUCACUGGCUGUUGGCAGCCGGGCAGGGUACCGACUCUUCUCGCUGACCGGCGUAGAUGUGCUCGAUAAGAUCUACACGAAUACCACCGAGGAUGUCUGCCUGGUCGAGAGGCUCUUCAGCAGCAGCCUCAUGGCUGUUGUUACGCUGAACUCCUCGCGUAAGCUCAAAGUGUGCCACUUCAAGAAGGGAACUGAGAUCUGCAACUAUUCAUAUUCAAAUACUAUUUUGGCUGUCAAGUUAAACAGGUUGCGUCUGGUAGUAUGUCUCGAAGAAAGCCUGUACAUUCACAACAUCCGCGAUAUGAAAGUCCUGCACACAAUCCGGGACACGCCACCCAAUCCACAGGGACUGUGCGCGCUGAGCAUAAGCAGCGAAAAUUGUUACCUGGCGUACCCUGGCUCGAACAGCAUUGGCGAGGUGCAAAUAUUUGACACGAAUAAUCUGCACGCGAAAACGAUGAUCCACGCUCAUGACAGCCCGCUGGCGGCGCUGGCGUUCAGCCCGACGGGGGCGCGCAUUGCGACCGCCUCCGAGAAGGGCACUGUGAUACGCGUCUUUUCGGUGAUCGACGGCUCGAAGCUGUACGAGUUCCGCCGUGGCGUGAAGCGCUGCGUGGACAUCAGCUGUCUGGCAUUCAGCAUGUGCUCACAGUUUCUCGCCUGCAGCAGCAACACUGAAACUGUGCAUAUAUUCAAAUUAGAAGAAAUCAAAGAGAGCCCUAGGAAAAGUGUAGAAGAGUCAAGUUGGAUGGGUUACCUGUCGAAUUAUUUGCCAUCGCAAGUGACUGACGUUUUCAACCAAGGACGCGCUUUUAUGACCGCGCAUUUACCGUUCUCUGGUGUCCGAAACGUCAUUGCAAUCACGACAAUUCAAGGCCAGCCACGUUUACUGGUGGCGACCGAAGACGGCUACUUGUACGUGUACAAUAUCGAGGGCAACGAAGGCGGCGACCUGCAACCAAAACAACACCGCCUCGACGGCCUGGUUGAUGAGGAAAGGACAAACCCGACGGGGCCAAAUCGCUCUGAGGCGCAGGCCAUCCAUCCGGACAGCGGCUCGGCAAUACUAGGUAGCUACGCGGGCAUCCUGAAAGGCCAUCCAGCCGGUCAAAUGUCAGGUACUGAUUCGGAGAAGUUUCGUGAGAUGUCCGACGCCGUAGAGUCACCGCCCAAGGACGGCUUCCAGUUCGGCGACGACCAGGAAUACCCACCAUUGACGCAGAAGUCUGACUGAGAGGAGGACGCGAACGUAAUUGAAACGUCGCUAGCGCAUCGCUUUGUCGUCACGUGGUUUGUCGUAUUCCUGGUGCACGCCGUGAUUCGCACGCUCGAAGAUCUCGUCCUUUACCUGCUCGACAUGGACUUUUAGCACACACCACGUGCACGACGAGUAAUGCGCAUAUUAAAACAACAAAACAAAAAAUCCACAUAAUGCUAAAAAAACCCUUCAAAAUGCGAGUACAUACAUACAUAAUCCUCCGAAGUUUGUACUUAUCAUUAAAAAAAAAAAAACAUGAAAAAUACACAAAAAAUGUCAACCAAAAAAAGUAUAAAACAUGAAGUAGCGAAAAUUUAACGCAAAAUGAGAUACAUAUAUUAUACAAUGUAAAAUUCGUGUGAUAGUCAUUAAGUUGUUUAGCUGGUCGCAGUGUGCUUGUAGCACACGUAUGCGCAUUACGGAUGUUAAUUACAUUUUUAGUUUUGAGUCUUCCUUACUUUCGAUAUUUUAGUUUAUGAGAUGUCUUCUUUCUUUUACAUUGGUUGAACAUCAGUAGCGAUUAUGUUCAAUGGGUGAAUAAUGCGACAAAUUAAGUUAAUUUAUUGAUUUGAGUAGCUGUUACGUAGUCAAUUCUUAGCUUAAUUUAAAACGAUGUGCAUGAAAGGCUUGCUAACAUAACAUAAACGAAUCACACUCACACAAACACACAUUUUGGGUCUUAUGAUAGUAAAGAAAUCUAAAAUUAUACUUAAGAUAAGGUUGUAAAUAAGUUAAAGAACGCAAGAGAGAAAUAACAUUAGUUUUUAAAUUUGAAAUAUAACAUGGUACACAAAUUGAGCGUCAUAGGGUAACUCAUGAUGACGAUAAAAUACACACUGACAUUUUUGUAAUUGUACAUAUGAAACUAACAUUGGCGCAUUUUUAAUCGAUAAGACAAGAUUACCCUGUAAUUACGUUAGGCAUCCGGGAAAUAGUGGCAGAUUGUAUUCGAUGUACACAAUACCAGAUAAGUCGAUGUCGCGAAAGAUUCACUGCGUUUAACGGUUUAGUUAUUAAUUAUCUUUUGUAUGGUGUACGUUGUGUGGAAACGUAACCGAAGUUGUGCCGUUUAGUAUAAUGUGAAUUAUAUGAAUUAUUUUGUUGGUUGGAAGUGUCUUUUUUGUUAAUCUGUCUUAAUAUUUUCUGUCUCAAUCAUAUUGUACUUUUAUUUUCCUUAGUAAUAAUACACAAAACAGUGGUAUAUUG